UGUGUCCUGCCUCAUUACAUAAUAAUUUAAACAAAUACGAAGGCUUUGCCAAACAAAUCCCCAAAAAGAAGCAACACCUUUUUCAUUCCCCGUUUCGUUUAUUCUUGUUUUUCGUUUCUUUAUUUUAACAGAGAGGUAUCAUCAUCAAAUCAACCAAGGCGGAAAUCUAUAUUAAGCAACGUUCAUUACGCUAAUUGGUUGUUGUUCUUAUUCAUUCGAGCGACUAGCAACCGCCGAGCCAUCCAUCCGAUUUUACGUCGGCUCACCUCGAGACAUAUUAUUCUAACUCGUCUAUCUGCGCAGCCUGGUUGUUUUCGGGUCUCAACCGGGCCUAGAACUGGGAAAUCAAAAAUCAAAACAAAAACAAUUUGUGCAAAAUUAGUGCUGGCCACGUAUUUUCUAUUUUGCAAAGCAACCCCCAUAGAAGAGCGACCAUGGCGGCCAACGACUACUACAACGAUUCGUCACGACAUUAUAAUCAAUACGAGCCAUCUUUGGCAUCUACAACCCCACCUUCUUACACCUCGCAUACGCAUAAUCAAGAACGUCCGGGUGCUUCUACCGUAUCUCCCUUCGAGACCGUCUUUGAUGACCAUGUCUACCCGACUAACUCACAAUCCCACCAGAAUUCCGAUUCCUUAAACGACAGCCAACAGACCUUCGCUUACGACACAAGAUAUCAUGGCUCCGGACCGGGUGAUGUGUCGCCCGUAGGAACCGACGAUAUCCCCAUGCGCAAUCAGAGUAACAAGUCACCAGGUUAUGCGGCCGAUUCGACUGACCAUGUCUACGACGCCCCAGAUCAAGAGGCGGGUAGUCGUCGAGGCCUACCCAAGCGUGGUCGCAUCCGGUUUGGUGAAUUAGGCAUGCUUGGGUCGGAGAAGAGGAGAAUACCCAUCAUGGUUUAUCUAUUCUCCAUCAUUCAAAUCGCCGUGUUCAUUGCCGAGCUCGUCAAGGCCGCUCAGCUCACAGGUAGCCCGAUUCAGAUUCAGCCUUCCUUUAACCCCAUGAUAGGUCCUUCGCAACAGGUUCUUAUCAACAUGGGUUCGAGGUUCGUCCCCUGUAUGAAGAACGUCAAUGGAGUACAAAAUUAUAGUCCACCGGCCGGCGUCACGCAACAGGGGUUUGGGUGGCCUUGCCCCAACACCACCUCGAAUGACCCUAACGACGACUCGAAUAAGUGUUCUCUUUCGGAACUCUGCGGGUUUGACGGAGUUCCAAAUCCUGAGUGGGACCCCGUCAACGGUUUGAAUCAGGACCCGGCACCUAACCAGUGGUUCCGCUUCAUAAUCCCCAUCUUUAUGCAUGCGGGUAUAAUCCACAUUGGCUUUAAUUUACUGCUGCAGCUUACCAUGGGAAAGGAGAUCGAAAGGGCCAUCGGAUCCACCCGAUUUUUCCUCGUUUAUAUGAGUGCCGGCAUCUUUGGCUUUGUUAUGGGAGGCAACUAUGCCGCUCCGGGAAUCUCAUCUACCGGGGCAUCGGGGUCUUUGUUCGGAAUUAUCGCUCUGACCUUGCUUGAUCUUCUAUACUCGUGGAGUGAGAGGCGUAACCCCGGCAGGGAGCUGAUAUUUAUCAUCAUCGAGAUCCUCAUAUCCUUCGCCCUCGGCCUGCUCCCCGGUCUGGACAACUUCUCUCAUAUCGGCGGGUUUAUUGUCGGGUUAUGCCUGGGAAUUAGCGUCCUCCAUUCGCCAAAUGCCCUCCGCCGUAAGAUCGGCGAGGAUCACUUUGGAGGACCUUCGUAUUCCACCGUAGGCGGCGGUGGUAUCACUAGCGUCGCCUUCCCUUCGUUCUACAGAAACCCUGUAGGCUUCUUCAAGGGUCGGAAGCCCCUCUGGUGGGUGUGGUGGCUCGUUCGUGCUGGAUUUCUCAUACUUGUUAUCGUUGUUUUCAUCGUGUUGCUCAAGAACUUCUAUUCCAAUCAGAACAACUGCAGUUGGUGCAAGUAUCUUAGCUGCCUGCCCGUUAACCACUGGUGUGAUAUCGGAAAUAUCACUAUCACGACAUCAGAACCGUCUAAAUCUUCGCGGCGGGGUGUCGAUUUGGCUCUGCUUGAACAGGUUGCUAACUUCUACUCAUGAAACACGUUCCUUCUCAAUCUAAGUGAUAGUCAUCGCAUAAUGGUGGGCGGCCGGUAGGCUCAUGAUACCCGAAGACAGGCCUAGUAAUGCGUGAGGAUGUAUAAAAUCCAACAAUGGUGGACAGCCUGGGGAUUGGAAGCGGGGCCAUGAAGGCCACGUUGGAUGGUGGGCAUCGGACAUUCGGGGCUCUGAUAUCUGGCGGCAUCGCUAUAGUUGAAUAUACUGGCGCGGUAUGAACUCGACGAAUAUUUAUUAUAUACAACAAGACCACGGGUGUUACCUGCUGGGUUGCUAAUCAAUGGCUGUCGUAGUUUUGUGCACCAAAACUUACGGCUGGUGUGUUGUUGUGAUACUUUGCUCAACCCAGUAGACCUUUCGUGGCGUGAGAAAUAAAUUUACUCUUAUUGGGACCAAUCUUAGAUAAUUGCUAGAGGUAGUCUAACUAAAGCACAUUUGUAGGCCGAAUAAGAAGUGAUAUAUCUUAUACUAUCCA